AUGUGUGUGCUGCCCUCCGCUCCCCGCGCGCUUGGCCUCGCGCGUCGGCACGCGCCGUUUCUCGCGCACAUCGAGGACCUCGCGGCGAGCCUCCGCGAGGCGCGUGCCGGGCGCGAGGCGAGCGGCAAGGCCGCGCGGGCAGCGCAGGACCUCGCCACGCUGGCCAUCCACCGGCGCCAGAUUGGCGACGCGGACGGUGCCGCCACAGCGCUUUCCGCGGCGGCGGACGAUUUGGGCGCGAGCCUGCACGGCCGCGUCGAUGGCUCCGACGAGGAGCCGACUUUCUCCACGGCAGCGCAGCAGCUAAUUGCUGCGGAGACCUUUGACGCCUUCCUGCGCACGGGCACGCUCGGCGCGCGUCCCUCGUCCACGUACACCGACGAGGAGUGGCUGGGCGGUCUCAUUGCGGCCACGCACGAAGUCGGGCGGUACGCUGGCCUGGCGGCAACGGCUGGUGACGUCCGAUCGGUAGAGGGCGCGGCGGCCGUCGUGGGAGCGCUGCACGAGGGGCUGAUGAACUUCGACUUUCGCAACGGGUCGCUCCGGCGCGGCUUCGACUCGGUAAAGUACGUGGAGCGACGCCUCGAGGAUACUCUCUACGAGCUCAAGCUCUUUCCACCACCGCCGCCUGCCGCUGGCGACGCCUCGGCCGCCGAGGCCGCCUCCGCCGGCACAGCGGUGGCCCCGCUGGCCCUUGUCGACGGCGCGGGCUUGGACGCCGCGCGCGCGGCCUACGCGACGCUGGACGCGGCGCGCGAGGAGGUGAUCAAGAAGUGCCGCGAGCCGCAGAAGCAGGCCAAGCAGGCGAUCUACGCGCUGCAGCGGGGGGACGGCGCGGCGGGCGGGCGGCAGAUUGAGGCGGCGCGCAAGCUCGCGCGCCUCCUGCUGGCGGAGGUCAAGCCGCACCCCACCUUGCGGCAGCAGGCUGCGCUGAAGGGCAUGCUAGAGGAGCUGGCGGAGGCGUGCCCUGCGGCCCUCUUCCAGCAUUGGCUCGCCAUCCCGGGUGGCGCCGUGCUGCUGCGCGGCGACGAGGCGCCGGCGCUUCUCGGCGACGAGCUCUCGCCCUCCGAGUACCUCGGAGGCGUGUGCGACCUCGUCGGCGAGAUCGGGAGGUUCGCCGUGCGACGUGCGGCCGACCGCGACGCCGCCGCCGUGCAAGACGCUCUCUCCACCGCCGUGGCGGUGCAGGCCGCCCUCUUGUCGCUCGGCCACGCGGCGCCGCGCGCGCUGCAAAAGAAGGCGGAGCCGCUGCGCACCGCUGUGCGGAAGAUGGAGACGCUGCUGUAUGAGCUCUCCCUCGUCGAGCGAUCCGGCCGAGUGCGUGCCGAGCCUGUCCGUGAGGAGCCGCCGCCGCCGCCGCAGCCGGAUGAGUAG